AGCAAACGAUAUCCGAGAUUGAAAGACUUCGGAUUCCCCGGCGGCUUGUUACGCCUCGAACGAAGUGAUUGCUCCUCACCUUCCUAUUUUUUUUUCCUAUGCGUUUCUCCGGUCCUACAGCGGAUUCGACUCGACUUCCUCGCACUCCCCUCAGUCAAGGUUCCCCGCGCAUUGACACCGCGAUAUCUUUUUCCGCCGACUCCUACAAAGCUUCCCUGCGCCGACUUCUCCCUCUUUUCGUGGGUUUUCGAAUGAUUCUGUCGUCGGUUUUCCAUCGGAUCUGACGAAUGGUCACAAAUUCGUUCGAGUAGAACAUUUGGGAUCAUCGAGGACGCCCUGUGUCGCCAACCGCCGCCGUCGGGCAACCAACACCAAUAGUCACUUGUUACUCCUCUCCGAUUCAGACUACCUAGAUAAUACCAGGGAAUCACGAGACGGUGCGAGAACGGGAACGGAAGGGAUACGGACCAAAUGGCUUCUACCGCGGCCGACACGAGCGGGAGCGUCAAUGGCAACCAUGACCACGUCCUACGACCCAGACCGAGGAAGCUGGGACAAUCACAGUUGAGCGCAGUUAGCAAUGCCUCUUCUAUGGGGGGCCAGAAUGGCCAUCACGUUCUUUUGCCCUCAGAAAGCGAUAUGAACAGCGGACGAUCAACCCCUGUGCCUCAAGAUGCGCCUCCAUCCGUCAAGUCCAUAUCGUCCGCCAAGAAGACCGCUCGAGCCGAACAGCGUCGCCGAAUCUUCCCCACCAUCGAGUACGCCAGCCGUGUCUCCCACUUCGAUCCCAACUCAGACUACCGCGACUUUCACGGUUUCUUCAACCUGUUCUGGAUCGGCCUGGCUAUCAUGGCCAUUACUACGAUGCUACGUAAUAUCAAGGACACCGGAUACCCAAUGCGAGUAGAGAUUUGGUCUCUCUUCACCGUAAAGCUGUGGCAUCUUGCCAUCGCCGACUUCCUGAUGGUGGCCACCACCGCCGUGUCCUUGCCACUGCACCGCAUUUUCCGCAAGAGCCCCCACAACGGCCUGUUGACCUGGAAGCGCGGCGGCAUGGCUAUUCAGAGCAUUUACCAAGUAGCCUGGCUUGCCCUCUGGAUCGCCGUCCCCUUCGUCCUCGACUGGACCUGGACCGCCCAGGUGUUUCUUUUGCUCCACACCAUGGUUCUGCUUAUGAAGAUGCACAGCUGGGCCUUCUACAACGGCCAUCUCAGCGAGACGGAGAAGCGCCUCCGAGUGCUCGACAACCCUUCUGCCACCUCCGCUGGGGACCUCGAUCCGGCCUAUUUUUAUCCCACUUCGGAAAGCCUCAUGCACGAUGGCCACCAGCCGCAGCACCACCAGCACCAACUUCAGCGCGAUCGACGUGCGAGCAUAUCCAAGGACAAGACGGCGGACAAGUCGGAGCAGAAGGGGCAGCAACCCAGCAACGGCAACGGCAACGACAACUCUAACGGCAACGAGGCUGAUGAGGAGCUCUCCCUCCUUCGGGAAGAUCUUGCCCGCGAGCUCACGUCGCCCAUGGGCAAUGUUGCGUACCCGCGGAACCUGACAUGGUCCAACUGCCUCGACUUCCUCGUCUGCCCCACGCUCUGCUACGAACUCGAGUACCCCCGCACGGAAAAGAUCGACUGGCAGAACCUCAUCUCCAAGAUCGUUGCCGUCUUCGGCUGCAUCUCCCUCCUCACCGUCAUCUCCGAGGAGUUCAUCCUCCCCAUCCUCGUCGACGCCUCGACCCGGCUCCACGGUCCGGCCGCGAGCGCCGCCGCCGCGUCGUCGUCGUCCCUCCUCGCCCGCCCUUCCACGGCCGAGUCCCUCCUCAUCCUGGCCGAAACCAUCUCCUGGCUCCUCUUCCCCUUCAUGCUGACCUUCCUCCUCGUCUUCCUCGUCAUUUUCGAAUACGCCCUGGGCGCCUGUGCCGAGCUCACCUGCUUCGCCGACCGCCACUUCUACUCGGACUGGUGGAACUCGACCGACUGGAUGGAGUUCUCCCGCGAGUGGAACGUCCCCGUCUACAGCUUCCUCCGUCGCCACGUCUACUCCGCCAGCCGCCCCCACAUCGGCCGUACCUGCGCCACCGUCAUCACCUUUUUCAUCUCCGCCCUCGGCCACGAGGUCGUUAUGGCCUGCAUCACCAAGAAACUGCGAGGCUACGGAUUCAUCUGUCAGAUGCUCCAGCUUCCCAUCGUCAUGCUGCAGCGCACUCAGUGGGUCAGGGGUAGAAAGACCCUCAACAACGUGUUUUUCUGGAUCUCCAUGAUUAUAGGCCUUAGCUUGAUAUGCUCUCUCUAUGUCCUCGUCUAGACGCCUCCCCGCUUCCGUUCUCUCUCUCUCUCAUCUCUCUCCUCCCCGCUUCACAGGCAUUCAGACAAAAACAGACUGUGGAUAAAGACCCGUCAGACUCGAGUCCGGACUUGUCGUAGCAGUAAUUGUUUGAUUUUGGUGCAACCUCUCUCACUAUACCCCUGGGUUCAUUACCUUACCUCAUCGUCAUAAAGCCAUGAUAGUCGACAUCAUACACCAUCGACACAGAUGCAGCGGGUCGUCUUUCUCACGUUUAGAUGACAUUGCUUUUUUUAUGUUUAUACCCCUGCCUGGCAUUCCCCACGGCACUCGCUCACUCGGUUGCGAUUCGCAUUGCACAUCGACGGAAAAGGAAACAAUCACGCAAAGCCAUAACAAGAGUUUCGUGUCUUUGAUUUGCUUGGUUUGUCAUUAAAUCUGAGGAUUCAUUUUACGUUGACUUUCCUACGUUGU